AUGAGCAACACAACUUUUGACGCCUCAGGCUUGAAUAAUUCUGUGGAGUAUGAAUAUUACUACGAUUAUGAGGAUCCGACCUAUAAAUUGGAAAGAGCAAUGCACGUUAUCUCCAUGGUGAUCUACAGUCUGGCCUUUGUGCUGGGGGUCCUUGGCAACGGGCUGGUCAUCUUCAUCACUGGCUUCCGAAUGAAGAAGUCCGUCAACACGGUCUGGUUUCUCAACCUGGCCAUUGCUGACUUCGCCUUCACCUUCUUCCUUCCCCUGAGCAUUGCUUAUUUAGCCCUGAGAUUCCACUGGCCCUUUGGCUGGUUUUUGUGCAAGUUGAACAGCACCUUGGCCUUCGUCAACCUCUAUGCCAGUGUUUAUCUCCUCAUGAUCAUCAGCAUUGACCGGAUGCAAACGACGAUGAGGAUCGGGAUCCCUUUGGUAACAAGUUUGGCUUUCGUCAACAGCUGCCUCAACCCCAUUUUGUAUGUCUUCAUGGGCCAGGAUUUCAAAAAGAGACUGAGACUGUCCCUCUUUUCGGUUUUUGAGAAUGCCUUUACCGAAGACAACAGCCAGAACUUAACCACCAGCAAGACUAAAUCUUCAGCCGAGACCGUGUCUCAGGAGCUCUGA